CUUCACAUUUCUCCGCAAUAGCCAGAAUUAGAAGUGGAGGCCAGAGGCAGCCGGCGGGUCAGUCGCCUCUUUCUGUUUUACUACCUGGGACUCCAGGAAGAUCGUCUGAGCCUGGUGACAUAAAGCAGCCUUUUCCUGGAGAAGCUCCUCACCUUUAAACAGGGCCCGCUGUGUAAACCCCUAAUUGGUUGCAUGAAUGCAGGGCCAAAGGGUUAGGUUUGGGGGCACUGGGGAGCAAGGUGGAAGUCCAGGUCGCCCCAGCCCCAGGCCUGCCCUCCAGGGGCAUAAAGUUGGAGGGUGCCCAGCGAAGGGGCUCAUUGGCCGUUACUGCCAUGUGAGAAGAAGGUGAGCUGGGAAGGAGGAGUUUAGGGUCCUUUGGGGUGCAUUUGGGUGAGCUGGGGGUGCCCUCACCACCUUCCUUGGCUACUCUUCAGCUGCCCUGGCUAGAGCAUCACGGGGGCUUCUUGCCAUACCAGCAAGGCCAAGAUUUGGCUGGAAACACCCCGGCCUCGAAGAAAGCUUGGCAGUUACUCAUUGCCUAAUUUGAUUCAGGCCAGCCAGAUUGUAGUAACUUUUGGGUGACCCUGAUGAAGACAAAGCCGGGAUUCGGCCUUUGUAUGGCAGAGUCCCCGCUCCCGCAGGCUGGGCGGGCGGGAGUCCUGCCUGCCUGGGGUUCUCUGCCCAACUCAGAAGCCACCUCUUCCACCUACUUUUUGAUGCCAUGCACCCUGACAGAUAUGAGGAUUCAUUCCCCCUUGAACCGUGCCCAUUUUGGGGGGCUGAUUUCAGGCGGGGUGAGUGGCGAGGGCACUGGAGGUUAGCAAAGUCAGUGGCAGACAAAAGCUGGGGUUACCUGUGGGGAAUGAGAGUGCUGGGAAUUAGAACUACUUUAACAUCUGGCGGGGGCCCUCAAAUGUGCCAUGGCAAGUCACUUGAUUACACGUAUGUUAUUUAGUUAAAUUUGUGAAAAUUAUGAGAUGCUCACCAACCCGGUGAUAAACUCACUCCCUCGCUAUUGGCUGGCCUGGUCACAUGGCCGCCAACUUUAUUCAGUUGACAGCAAGUAGGAGGGCCCUAUGGAAGGAGAAAAAAAGACAACACGAGAAAAAUUAGUAUUUUCUACCUUCUGAAAUUAAUGGCCAUGAGUUCGUAUAUGGUGAACUCCAAGUAUGUGGACCCCAAGUUUCCUCCGUGCGAGGAAUAUUUGCAGGGUGGCUACCUAGGCGAGCAGGGCGCAGACUACUACGGCGGCGGCGCGCAGGGGGCCGACUUCCAGCCCCCGGGGCUCUACCCACGGCCCGACUUCGGUGAGCAGACCUUUGGAGGCGGCGGCCCCGGGCCCGGCUCGGCACUGCCCACGCGGGGUCACGGGCAAGAACCCGGCGGCCCCAGCGGCCACUACGGUGCCCCGGGAGAGCCGUGCCCCGCGCCCCCGCCCCUGCCCGGCGCCCGGGCCUGCAGCCAGCCGGGCGGCCCCAAGCAGCCGCCCCCUGGGACGGCCCUCAAGCAGCCGGCCGUGGUCUACCCGUGGAUGAAGAAGGUGCACGUGAAUUCCGUGAACCCCAACUACACCGGCGGGGAGCCCAAGAGGUCCCGGACGGCCUACACCCGGCAGCAAGUCCUAGAACUGGAAAAGGAAUUUCAUUUUAACAGGUAUCUGACGCGGCGCCGUCGGAUUGAAAUCGCUCACACCCUGUGUCUUUCCGAGCGCCAGAUCAAGAUCUGGUUCCAGAACCGGAGGAUGAAGUGGAAAAAAGAUCACAAGCUGCCCAACACGAAAGGCAGGUCCUCGUCGUCGUCGUCUUCAUCCUCCUCCUCCUCUUGCUCCUCCUCAGCUGCCCCUGGCCAGCAUUUGCAGCCGCUGGCCAAGGACCACCACACGGACCUGACGACCUUAUAGAAGUGGGGACCCUGGGCCCAUCCCUCCCUGAGCUCCCGGCUGAGCCGAAGCUGCGGGGGCAGGCCGGGCCUGCUGUCACCUCCCUGGGCUCUAAGGUACUGUAGGGUGGACCUGGGACAGGCAGGCCGCCCUCGGACUAGGUUAGCACCCUGCCCGAGGGUAGCCCCCUCCCUGGAGCGGGGAUGGGGGUCGGGGGGGCGGGAUUCUCUCUCUAAGUAUAUUAUCAAAUGGCAGGAGCUACUGAGAACAUAAAACCUUGGCGAGUCAUUAAACUCCUGAAAAUCUCCGCUGUUGGAUUUUGAAUUUGCAAAUGAAGGUUGGAUGCUUUAUCCCAGUGUGAAUUUGGACAUCCUCCCCCCCACUCCGCCCCUCCAGGGAUCUUUGUGGUUUCAUAAUGUGGGCGUGUUGAGGCAGAAGGUUGGCCACCCUUGCGCUAGGUGCUUUCAGUGGAAGCAGGAGGGUUGGGCCAGGAUUUCUGAACUUUCUGGGUUGUCUGUAUAAUUUCCAGUGUGAAAAAAAUUUUUUUUUGCUCCCAGUGGCCCAAUACCCAAAGAAAUGAGUCUAAGAAGGAAGUGCAAAUGGGUUGUUUUAUGUUUAGAUUAUAUUUGCUUAAAUAUUUAUUUGUUGGGGAAUUAGGUUGCAGAAAUAACUGACAUUUUAUUGCCAAAUAACUUACCAUGGUGAAAGGGGCUGGGUUUCAGGGAGCAGAAUCAAGAGAUGCGUGGACUGACUUCUGGCUGUAUCCGGCAUUUUGAACUCCACCCCCUCCUCACUCCCCGGAAAUGUGUGUAGGGGGCCCUUAACCCUUCUAGAGGGAAGCAAAGGAUCCACUCAAAGUUGAGUUCCUGAAAAUAUAUUUCCACAUGUGCUUUUUUCAGCACUGUGCUUACAACCAGUUCUGGGUGAUUAAAGGAAAGGGAAAAAAGAAAGAAACAAAUGGUCCAACAUUUUCCUUCUGGGGAAAGAAAACAAAACCUCCGUGUUCUGGGUCAUUAGAUAAUGACUGAAUUUUCUGUUCCAACUGGAUUCCAAAUGUCCCCAAAUAGCCCAUAUAGCAGUAUUUUAUAGGCAUUGGUGUAUGGCCUAUAUGGGAGAGGGAAUGUGCAUUGGAGAGAAAGUGGGAAGGUGAAGAAGUCUUGCUGUAAAAAAAUGAAAGAAAAAUGAAUUGAAUCUAGAAGUCCACAAAAGUUGGUCUUAGGGUUUUUUCCCUAAGUUUUAAUUUUUUUAAAAAACAAAUCUGUGGAAGUUUUCCUCAACCCAUUAAUUACGAGCAGAAUUUGUGAAAGUAUGAAAGUUUUCAGGCCCUCUCCUCUCCCUUGCCUUGAGAGCAGUGGUUUAAAAACAAUCACUCUCAAACAACAGGAGAGAUGCUCUUUAGUCAUUUUUCUUAUGCUUUGCCUGGGAAGGGUUCAAAGCUCACUUUUCUAAAAUGUUGACCCUUAAGGAUAAGGGAAAGAGUCAAAGGUAAUGGCCAGAGUUCAUAGACUCAAAUGAAACAAGGCUUCAGAAAUUUAAACCGCAAAGCCUCGGGCUCCAAAAAGAAACCCCUGGUUGUAGCUACCGAAAAGUCACAAAAGUGAGGAGGGAGAGGGGGUGAGCUUGAAAGGGAGAUUCAGAAUUGGGGCUAUUUUUUCAGUGCUUGAGAACACUUUAGAAGCUUUCAGAGGUACUUUAAAAAAUAUAUUUAAGUGUAGGGGGGGAAAAAAGACUUCCUCUACAGGCGUGUUCUUUGGUUCUGUGUCUCCUGAGAGCUGAGGGCAGGUAUUCACUGGAGUCCCUAGGCUGAAAUUCCACUUCUCUAAAGUGUCUUCCAAGCCUUGCUCUUUUGUAUUAGACCCCAGGGACAGCUCUUUGUUCCUCCUUGGGGUGAGCCUGGCUCUCAGACUUGCACAUGGCAAUACUUGAAUAUCGCCACGUCGGGAUAUUAAAGAUGGAUAUUCCUGCAUUAUUCGCAUCAUUGUUUCUAUGACAAAAAGCACAGAGUUCAUACAUAGUCAAGACGUCUUUUUUCUGAUGCCCUCACGUUGAGAAGCUGAAAAGGUAUUUUACUGAAGUUCGGCUAAAUUACAGAAUCAGGUUCAUCCAGAGGACAAAUUUUCUAUUCGAUUAGCUGUAUUUCAGCCAGGAGGACUGACCUCUAAACCCUUAACCUUUUGGACUCUAACUACCCUUCUCUUCUUUUUUUCCCCCUCCAACAUGGAGAGCAGUCUUUGGAUGUAGGAUUUGAAAAGGGCCGCUAUCCUUAGGCAAGUUGGAAAGUUGCUCAGAUUCUUUCCUAAAACCGGAAUCUGUGAAUACAUUGAACCUUCUCCUUGGGAGGGGGUAAUAUAUAUUUUCACAACAUCCAACUACAUAUGUAUUGCAAAGAUAUUAUAUAGAUUUCCCCCUUCCCAGAAGUGCAGGUUACUCACCCCAGCUUCAGACCAAAUGCCAAACUACUUAACUGCCUUCACCCCUGCCCCAGAGGAAAGCCAAGAGGCAUGUUUUGAUGAAGAAAACCCAAGGUCCUUCUUAAAAAUAGCCCCACUACUUUGGAAAGUAACUUAAUCAGAGAAACAACUUGUUUGUUUAUAAGUCUCACUUCUCUUUCUCCUCUUCUAGGGAUUGUCUUUUGAAAUGUUAAUGGAGCCUGGAUGGCCCAGAGGGCGGCCCUCAACCCUGAGGUCCCAGUCGGACCACAGCGUCCAUUUGGGCCCACAGGAGUGGGGCAGGGAAGAAGCAGGGCCCCCCAGUCACCUAGGGCAGGGAAGGAAAUGAGUUUCCAUCUGGGAACGUACCCUGGAGAAACCUAGAUGUAGAAAGCCUCAGUGCCCAUUUGCUUGUAUUUGUUUCCAGUUUGUUCCCCCAAAUAUGAGCCAGAAGUGUUUGUUUUGAGUUUUUUCAGUGGUAUGUUGGGGUUGUGACUGGGAGGGAGUGAAGUGUUUGGUGAGGACAUUGCUCCUCAGACUCCCAUUUCACUUUGUCCAUUGCAGCCUUUUGUUGGGAGAUGACAUUGUCAGCCCCAUGGUGUCUGUUCACACAAGAUGCUUUUUUAAUAGAAUUGACCAAUGUUCUGCUGCCACUGAUUAAAGUAUUAUUUAUACUGAUUGUCGCCUGUAGUUUUGAUGUAAUUCAUUGAUCUAUAUUUGAAAUAAUAAAAGGUGUAGCGAAAUCUCCCUCCUG